GGUGAAAACGCGGCAAAAAUUACAUUGAAACGGAAAUCCCAUAGCCGCUAACUUGAUAACGUAGUAGUUUUUAUCCUUUUCUGGUUUGCCACAUUGCGACUGGCCUUUCAAAAUAUAAGCAAAAUAUAUAUUGAGUGUCACUUCUAGAAUGCCUGCCGCUUAUGGGUGUCAAUAAAUUACAACAAAAUGUUCGUCUAAAUACCAUAGACAAACCUAUUUCUAUGAUAAAUACAAAGUGUAUUAUAAAUGUGGCGGAAUAAGUCCAUGUGAAAGCUGGUAAAGUGUCUGCGGACUGCGAUUCUAGGCGACUCACUGUGAGACGGAUAUAAAAAUCACAAAAACUUCGACAAUGUUAAAUCAGGCGGUUGUUGAGGCUCUAUACUCCGCGACUUAUAUAGAAAAUUAUUUGGAUUGUGUUGAAAAUUUGCCGAAUGAUCUACAGAGGCACGUCUCUCGGCUACGAGAACUAGAUGCCACUUGUCAAAGCUAUUUACGAGACGUUGAUCAACAACAAGAUAUAUUGCGGAGUGACGUUGACAUGUCAACCUGGAGAAGAGCGCUGUUGAAAGUACAACAAGCUUUGAUAUCAGCACAAGAAAUUGGGGAUGAAAAACUGCAGAUUGUACAACAAGUUCAAGAUCACAUAGAAAAUAAAUCCCGCCAGCUGGACUUGGACUAUCGCAAUUUAGAUUUUGGCAAAGAACAAGAAACUACUGAACCAGCGCGCGAUUCUAAUUCUAAUGUGAAUACCGCUACUACUGGAACUGCUAAUACGUCCGAGAGACAACCAAAACGAGCGAGAAGAACAAGGACAGAAACGUUGGUAGAAUCUGCUCAGGCUAUGGAUAUGAUCGUAACGACAGAAACGCGAUCAGCAACUUUAUCCGCAGCUAAUAGCGGGACACAGAAGAAAACUACUGCAGCUAAUACAGGCAAGAAGAAGAAAAGAAAGUCUCGACAGGGUACUCAGCAAAACCAACAUCGCGAGGAUACCCCACCACCUCCAGAAGAUGACUUGGCUAUUGACCCUGACGAGCCAACUUACUGCCUUUGUGAUCAGAUAUCUUAUGGAGAAAUGAUCCUGUGCGACAACGAUUUGUGUCCCAUCGAAUGGUUUCACUUUUCAUGUGUCUCUCUCAGUACUAAGCCUAAGGGUAAAUGGUUUUGUCCGAAAUGUCGCGGGGAUAGACCCAACAUCAUGAAACCCAAGGCUCAAUUCCUGAAAGAGCUUGAAAGGUACAAUAAAGAAAAAGAAGAAAAAUCAUAGCAAUAAAAAAAAACUGGGUAUUGAAUUAAUAUGUUAUCAAUUCCCAGCCUAUCACAUACCUCGUUCAUUUGAUCUUUCCUAUUUUUAUCGGUUGUAGAAUUAUGCAUUUUUUCAACUUAUGAUUAAUAGUUCAAGCCUUUGGAAUUUUUUCGUUCCUCUAUUGUUCUCAAAAAUUCGUUGUUCCGUUUGCACUAUGUAUACCUUUACGAAUCGCUCACGGACUGCAAAUAGUUGAUCCCUAGGAUUAAAUGACCCAAACAUAUUUUUUUCUUCAAUAUUGUAACAAAAGAAAUCACUUCAGUUAAAUAUCGACUUAGUAAAUAUUUAAGCCAUUGGGUUCAAUUUAAUUUCUAUCAGAAACGACUGCGUAUUAAAUGUCAAGUAGAUCUGAUAAUAAGAGUAAAAAUUGAAAUAAGCUAUACAAAUAACUGUACGGGGUAGUGAACAAAAUAUUCCACAUACUGGUUCGUAUCACCAGCGGUGAGUGACCGCAGCUACAUCGCAAAAGAAAUUUAUCGUUAGUUUGUAGUUCUCUCUAUUUUGAAAUUUUGUGUAACAUUUAUAUCGUUUGUUGAACAACAUGUUUCUUGAAGUAGAUAAUUCUUUCAUUCAUUUAUACCCUCAUGUAUCAUAUAAUACCAAUUACAGGUGGUGCUACAUACAUCUUACGUUAGUAAUAUUGUUAGAUUUCGAAUAAGUAACUAACGUGUAAGUUAUUUAUUUAAGAGUAAAUUAACGCUAUUCGAAUAAAAACUUGAUAUUUGAAGAAUAUAUAUUUUUAUACGUUUCGAUGUUCAAAAUAUAUGCAUAUGUACAAAUUAACUUACCAGCAAUUCUACUAGUAUGCAUUAGGACUUUUGGAACAAGUGUUCACCACGGGGAGAAAAUAAAUCACCUCUCAAUUAAAUGCGUAACCUGAAUAAUCCAGGUAAUCAUUUUAUUUCAUUACAUUUGUUCCGAUUACAGAAUUUCUUAUUAAGUAUAGUCUAAGGUCCGUACUAUAUUUGUAACAUUCACAAAUGAUAAUAAAAUCCAGUUUUAUCUUUA